ACAGUUUUUGUUUCGGUUCCGCACGCUCGUCGCGGUUUCUGGUGCUGCGGUAAUUUACUGCUCGGUCUCGGCGAAGGUGAAAGGCUCUCCACAACUCCCCGGUCUCGUCUACCAACUACCAGAAAGCGACUCAUUUUCCAUCUUCUCCUUCUAUCCUUGCUUCAGAUCUGCUGCAUCUUGCCUUUGUAUAAGUUCGUUAUUCCCUUCGUAGAUUACCUCUUUAUGAAGACUCGCCGCUUGGGGUAACUGUGAGCGACGUGGGGGGGCAAGAGAGGAGGAGAAAGGAUUUCAUUUCCGUUGCAAGUAGGCUCAGCAUUACAGUCUCUGAUUAAUUUUACUGGCUAAAUCGUUUGGUUUCCCUUGAUUUGGUCUUUAAACUGGUUUUUUGAGCGAACUCAGAGGAAGAUGGUAGAAUCGGGUCCCUUAACUCCCGGCCAGGUUUCUUUUAUGCUGGGCAUUAUCCCUAUAUUUAUAUCAUGGCUUUACUCGGAGACCUUGGAGUACAGGAAAUCAUUCUUCCCUUCAAAAAUCCAUUCAGAUGUCAAUCUGGUUGAGUUGGAGAAUGAAGUGGCUAAGGAAGGCGACCAAGCUAUGUUACUUGAAGGAGGCCUUCCUAAGUCUGCAACUGCAAAUUUUCAGAGUGCUUCUGUGCGUACAAAUUUAAUCAGGUUUGCAACAAUGGAUGAAUCUUUCUUGCUUGAGAAUCGAGCUCUAUUGAGGGCCAUGUCAGAAUUUGGGUUCAUUUUGGUCUACUAUUACUUAUGCGAUCGGACUAACUUGUUUUCAGAAACCAACAAGAAUUACAGCCGAGACCUAUUUCUCUUCCUCUAUCUUCUUCUUGUCCUAGCAUCAGCCUUGACUUCCCUAAAGAAACACAAUGACAAGUCAGCUUUCUCAGGAAAAUCCAUUCUUUACUUGAACCGUCAUCAGACCGAGGAGUGGAAGGGAUGGAUGCAGGUAUUAUUUUUAAUGUACCAUUACUUUGCUGCCACGGAAAUGUACAAUGCAAUCCGUCUGUUUAUAGCUGCUUAUGUCUGGAUGACUGGAUUUGGGAACUUCUCUUAUUAUUAUAUAAAAAAGGAUUUCAGCCUUGCUCGAUUUUCUCAGAUGAUGUGGAGGCUGAACUUUUUUGUGAUCCUAUGUUGCAUUGUCCUCAACAAUGAUUACAUGUUGUAUUAUAUUUGUCCAAUGCACACUUUAUUCACUCUUAUGGUUUAUGUGACACUUGGUAUCGCCAACAAAUACAAUGAGAUUGGGUCAGUGAUUGCUGUAAAGAUCAUCUCUAGUUUUUUGGUUGUUAUCUUGAUUUGGGAAGUACCUGGUGUUUUUGAACUUCUGUGGACUCCAUUCACUUUCUUUUUAGGGUACAAAGAUCCAGAGCCUUCUAAGGCUAACAUCCCUCUUUUGCAUGAAUGGCACUUCAGAUCUGGUCUUGAUCGCUACAUCUGGAUCAUAGGAAUGAUUUAUGCGUACUACCAUCCAAAUGUUGAAAGAUGGAUGGAAAAACUUGAAGAAACUGAAAGUAAACUGAGAUUAUCAAUUAAAUCAAGUAUAGUUGCAGUGUGCUUGUUGGUUGGCUUUUUGUGGUAUGAAUACAUCUACAAGCUAGACAAAAUUACUUACAAUAAAUACCAUCCUUACACAUCAUGGAUCCCCAUCACCGUUUAUAUUUGUUUAAGAAAUGUCUCGCAAGUGCUUAGAAGUUACUCGUUGACUCUCUUUGCUUGGCUUGGCAAGAUCACAUUGGAGACCUAUAUCUCACAGAUCCAUAUCUGGUUGAGGUCAGGCAGACCAAAUGGGCAACCCAAGUGGCUUCUUUCUAUUAUUCCAAAUUAUCCACUGCUCAAUUUCAUGUUAACUACCAUAAUCUAUCUAUUUAUAUCCUAUAGGAUCUUUGAGCUUACAAACACACUAAAGACUGCUUUCUUACCCACGAAGGACAACAAGCGCCUUCUGCAAAAUUUUCUUACUGGAGCUGCCAUCUUCAUCUGUUUGUAUUCCAUCUCAUUCAUUCUCCUGCAGAUACCAAUACCUGCGGCAUGACAUCAAGGUUGUCAUACUUUGAUGAAGCUUUCAUUUUUUGUGAUGCCGAUUGAAAAUUGACGAUGAAUAAUUUGGUAGAUGAAUUAUUUGUCUGUAUUCGCAAGGAACUUAGCACAUAAAUGAAGUGAUUGAAGCUCAAACGCAGAUUAAUGGUUGGAAUAUUGGUUCAAGUUAGGCUUAAAAUGGGCUUCAAAUUUUAGGCGUAAAUUAUUUCUUGAUGGUCAUAUACCCAUAUUUCCAAAUGCGAAUGCAUGGUGAUGCUAAUGGUCAGUACCUCCUGUUUCUGAAACAGAAAUCAAAUCUAUUGUAUUCAUUUGGUUGUGGCUGUUUAGUUGAUAUAUUUGUUGGUUUCUGUAAAGUUUGCGAGCAUCCAGUGUUCUUGAACAAACCUGCUUUCCUUAUUUUGAAAUGAUUAUUGUAGUCGUGAACGACUAUGGAUAAAUUUGAUGCACAGUUGUUUUCUGAGAUUCCUAUAAGAAUCAUCAUUUUUUUAUGUUA